AUGGAGGUGAAGUUGUUUACCUAUGAUUUGACAAGGGGCAUGGCUCGCGCCAUGAGCCGACAGCUUCUGGGUAUUCAGAUCGACGCAGUCUACCACACCUCGUUGGUCAUCGGCGGCAUCGAGUACUUCUUCGGGCAGGGCGUCCAGACCUGCUACGCCGGAACCACUCACCACGGAGCGCCCAUGGAAGUCAUUACCAUGGGCACAACACAAUUACCCAUGGAGACAAUCCUCGAGUACCUGGGGAGUCUCAAGGAGGUCUACACGCCUGAGAGCUACGAUCUGUUCGCCCACAACUGCAACAACUUCACGGAUGACUUUAGCCAGUUUCUCGUUGGAAAGGGCAUACCUGAUCAUAUUACCAAUCUUCCGAGGAGGGUGCUAGAUACGCCGUUCGGCCAGAUGCUGAAACCGCAGAUCGACGCGAGCAUGCGUUCGAUCACGCAAGCACCGGUUCCGCAGAGCAACGUACCUCCUGCUCCUACUACGAACGGAACUCCUGCAGCGAGUGCUCCUAAGUCAGCUACAACACCCAACGUGUGCAGCCAUCAAGCCUCCGGCCCUGCGAGAUUCGGCAGCGUGGUCAACCUUACUGGCCUGAGUACACUAGAGAAAGAUCUGCAAAAGGCCUCAGACACCGCAGCGACUAUCUUCUUCACUUCGUCGACAUGUGCUCCGUGCAGGAUGGCAUAUCCCAUGUUCGAUCAGCUGGCAGCAGAACACCCGCAGGCCUUGUUUGUCAAAGUCGACAUCAAUUCCGCGCAGGACGUGGCAGCAAAAUACCAAAUUCGAGCCACGCCGACGUUCAUGUCGUUCUCCAAAGGCACAAAGCAAGAUCAAUGGUCUGGUGCAGAUCCAAACCAGCUGAAGGCCAACGUGGAAAAACUGCUUCAACAGACCUUCCCACCUCAUCCGCACACACAGCUUAACCUUCCUACACUACAUUAUGGAUCCAUGAAGCCGGUUACCUACCCGCGGGUGCCACCACUCGACAAGCUGAUGGCUAAGCUUGGUCCCGCCAGCAACGAUCAGGAUCUCGUUGCUCUGCGAUCCUUCCUCGAUAAGCGCAAUACGAACGCCAAAGACGCUGCUUUGCCAGACAUGCAAGCAAUCAGUCAAGCAUUCCAGGCCAAAGUACUAUCUCUACCACUCGAAGUCCGCUUCGCAGCAGUCGACCUCUUCCGCUGCGCGAUGAUCGACUCCAGAGUCAGUGGCUACUUUGCGGAAGAGAAAGACUUUGCCACCGUGGCCGGCUUGAUCAAGCACAUCGAUGGCAUUGACAGCUGUCCGCACAAUCUACGACUCGUCACGAUUCACCUUGCCUGCAACCUCUUCACCUCGCCUCUCUUCGUACAAGAGACAUUGAAGCAAGGCAGUCACAUGGCCGCGACGCUCGUAGAGCUCAUCACCUCCUCGUUACUCGACGCUUCGCAUCCCACAACUCGGGUGGCAGCAGCAUCUCUGGCUUUCAACAUUGGCGUAGCGAAUUACCGCGUAAGACGAGAAGAAGGACGGGAAGGGCUGGAUGAGGGCGCGCAGGUCGAGCUGGCUGCCAGCUUGGUUGAGACGCUUGGGGGUGAAGAUAGUAGUGAUGCUGUGAAGGCUUUGCUGCUGGGGCUGGGGUAUCUCGUGUGCUGUGCGCCGGAGAAUGGGGAGUUACUUGAUUUGGUGAAAGCGCUGGAUGCGAAGGGGACUGUCGGGGCCUGCAAGGGGCAGGGGGCUUUGGCGAAGGAGGUGUCGUCGAUGUUGUAG